AUGAGGUUCACAACUCCGCAGCCAAUAAAACAACCCCUAGAGCAAAGGGACAAAAGCAAGCAUUACGCCUAUCAUCGAGAUUAUGGGCAUUCAACCAAUGAUUGCAGAUCCCUCAGGCGACAGGUGGAGAAUAUGAUCGCCAGAGGUGAGUUGGCGGAUUACCUUAUGACAAAGGAGUAUGCAAAGCCCCGCGAGGUCUAUCCCCGCAAGGUGGAAGGUAUGCAAAUAAAAGUCAUUCAUGCAAUACAUGGCAGGUCUGAAAAUGAUCAAGAGUCCGAGGGGGUAUACAGAUCCAGACUGAGGGCAACCCACAAGCUCAGGAAGAUAUCCUUAGUCAAUGCAAUCGCUUUGGGUAGUAUCAGUAUUGGAUUCGGAGAUGGCGACCUAUCCAGAGUUCAACUCCCCCAUGAGGAUCCAUUAGUCAUCAGUCUUUUAGUGGCCAAUUGUAUGAUCAGGAGGGUUUUGAUAGAUCCAGGAAGUAGCGCCAACAUAAUCACAAAGAUGAUCUUUGAGCAGCUAGAGGUCCCGUCAUCAUCUAUUCGACCUACCUCCAGCCCGUUGAUGGGAUUCGAUGGCACAAAAGUAGAUCCCCUUGGAGUAAUAGACUUGUCUGUAACCGCGGCGAAGAAGACUCUGAAAGAGAACUUUGUUUUAACAGAUAUCCAUCCUUCUUAUAAUCUCAUCAUGGGAAGAGGCUGGAUACACCGGAUGAGAGGAGUUCCGUCCACCCUUCACUAG